AUGUUCGUAUUGAAGUACCUCUCCAUGGUUGUUGCCGUACUCGGCUUCACCACAGCCGUCUGGGCAGACGGUACAUGCGACGCAGCAGACCCUCAAAUAUGCUAUGAGGAUGGAAAGACCCUUGCCUGCUCAUCUGUACGCAUCACAAGUCUUGAACACACAGGACAUGAAAGCGCUCAUAAUCAAGCAGGGAUCUUGCCAGACUGCCGUAAGUCAGAAAAGUGCAGGACUUCGAGAAGCCCUGCCACUAACCACCGACCGAUCUGUAGUGCAGAAGCGGCCUCACGCAGGUAG